AAAAUUCUAUAACCGAAAAAAAGAAAAAGAGGAGUGACACAUGAUACACUAUAAUUGGUGGAGCACAAGUGCAACGAUAAAAAUGGAUCAGAGAAUUUCUAUUGGCAAGGCUGGUCUUGGGAAAGACGCGCCAAGACCUCUUUCUUUUUCAGUAGGCGUUUUUCUCUUGGUUAGGUGGGUUUCGCUUUCGUAAUUUCUUCGUCUACUCAAAGUAAAAGGUCAAAUCCGGUUGCCUGCAAAUAAUACCCGCUACGUGUUAUCCCUAUAUAAUUGGCUUCAAUUAUUUUGAACGUAACACACACCCCGCAAAUCAGAUAUUUCAGAAAUUGUGAACCACUUUCUUUCUUUCUGUCUCCACUCCCUGUUUCUUUGUGUUGUCAAUUAGAAUUUCACUCUCCAAGUAUGGCUGAGGGACUUGUUACUGAUCUCAUUAAGCUGUUGGUUUCAACUGUCGCUCAGGAGGCAGAACAAGAAAUAAGGUUGGUCGUUGGUGUAGACAAAGAAGCCAAAAAGCUUGUAGACAAUCUACGAGCUGUGCAGGCGGUGCUCAAUGAUGCUGAGAAAAAACAAGUUACGGAAGACGCUGUGAAGGUUUGGUUAGAAAAGCUCAACAACGUAUGCUACGAGAUGGAAGACGUCGUGGACGAGUGGAACACUGAAUUGAUCAAAUCAGCAAUUCAGAAAGAAGAAGAAAAAAAUGCUAAUAGUACUCCUGUUUUGAAGAUGAAGCAGGUAUGCUCCUUUAUCCCCUCCCCUUCAUGUUGUUUUGGUCAAGUUGAUAAGCUUGCUAGGCGUCAUGACAUUGCUCACAAGAUAAAAAAGUUGGAUGGAAUAUUAGAUGAGAUUACCAAAGAGAAAGAUAGGUACCAGUUUCAGUUAACCAAUGACCUUUCCCCUAAAGUAGUUGAGCGACCACAAACUACCUCAUUUGUUGAUGUGUCUGAAAUAUGUGGUCGUGAUAGCGUUAAGGAUGAUCUCGUGGGCAUGCUAUUGGGCAAGGGUAGUGAAGAAGAAAGCAGCCCCCAUCUCAUCUCAUUAGUGGGCAUGGGAGGUAUUGGAAAAACGACCCUUGCUCAACUAGCCUAUAAUGAUCCUAAGGUGCAAGCCCAUUUUGAGAUAAAAGUGUGGGUUUGUGUUUCUAAUCCUUUUGAUCAGUGUAAAGUUUCCAAAGAAAUCCUUGAAUCUAUUGAACAUCAAUCCCCAAACUUGACUGCAUUGCAGGGUCUAUUGGAAAAAAUUACUAUUAAAGUUUGGGGAAAGAAGUUUUUUCUUGUUUUAGAUGAUGUGUGGAUGGAAGACUCCAUAAUGUGGGAGCCAUUCAAAAAUGCACUCAAAUGUUGUGCCCAAGGUAGUAGAAUUAUAGUUACCACACGUAAAAGUAGAGUUGCAGAGGUGAUGGGAAGUGUGAGCGUAACCAAUUUGGAGCUAUUAUCUAAGAAAGAUUGUUGGUCAGUGUUUAGUAAAAUAGCAUUUUUUGAUAGGGAUCCUAAGCAACGUGAGCAACUAGAAGAUCUUGGUUGGCAAAUGGUAGAAAAAUGCAAAGGCUUGCCACUUGCCGCAAAGACUCUAGGGAGUCUAAUGCGGUUCAAGAGAAGUAGAGAAGAAUGGAAGAGUAUUUUGGACAACAAUUUGUGGAAAUUUGAAGAUGUGGAAAGAAGUCUUUAUGCACCAUUGUCAUUGAGUUAUUAUGAUUUAUCCUCACCAUUGAGACAAUGCUUCACAUUUUGUGCUGUUUUUCCGAAAGAUUAUGUCUUUUCUAGCAAUGAGUUGGUAUUUAUGUGGAUGGCACAAGGAUAUAUCAAGUCGAAGGCAAAUAUGGAGAUGGAACUCAUUGCUAGAGACUACUUUGAAAUCUUAGCCAUACGCUCUUUCUUCCAUGAUUUUGAGAAAAAUGAGGAUAAUAGCAAGAUAAAAAAAUGCAAAAUGCAUGACAUAGUGCAUGACUUUGCACAAUUGAUGUCAAAAAAUGAAUGCUUCUCAAUCAAUAGUGACAAAGAGUUGGGAUUAGAUUAUAAAAUUGCCCGCCAUUUGCAAUUAGAAAUUCUCAAAAAAACUCAAUUUCCUGAGUCUAUUUAUAGUGCAAAAAAUCUACGCACCCUCAUUUUUGUAUAUCAAAGUGGUUAUAAAUUAUCUACUUUAUUCCAACAUUUUAGAUGUUUACGAACAUUAUCUUUGAAUGGUGAUAUGCUAAAGGAACUUCCAGAUGCAGUGGAAAAUUUCAUACAUUUGAGGUAUUUCAAUUUAAUCAAUUAUUGUGGAAAUGGAUUGCCUGAAACCAUUUGUCAUCUAAGCAAUUUACAAACUUUGAAGAUUAUAAUUGGUAGUAAUGAGUUCCAUAAAUUGCCACAAGGGAUUAGUAAACUAAUUAACCUCAGACAUUUUAUUUUGGAUUUCAAUAAUUGUUGGUUAAACUUAAAUAUAGAGUUUCCAAGAGGGUUUGGAAGAUUGACUUCUCUUAGAACAUUAAAUUAUUUUAGUGUAAGUGGUAAGGAUGAUAGCAAUAGAUGUAAACUAGGAGAAUUAAGAAAUUUGAACCACCUUUAUGGGACUCUUGACAUAAAUGGGCUGGGGAGCAAGAUAGAUGCAUGUGAUGCCGAGCAUGCACAACUAAAGAAGAAGGUAGACCUUCGUACUUUGACACUAAGUUUUGAUGAAUGGGAUGAUGAGGAAAUAGUAAGGGAGAAUGAUGCAUUAGUUCUAAAUGCGUUAGAGCCACCUCCAAACUUGGAAUAUUUAAGCAUUGGAAUGUACCGGGGACCGACAAUGUUUCCUAAUUGGAUGAUGUCUUUAAAUAAUUUGAAAAAAAUUUAUAUUUACAAUUUAUCUUUGGAGCAUUUGCCUCCUCUGGGGAAACUUUCGUCCCUCGAAAUAGUAGAGAUAUGGGUGGCUUCUAGUGUGAAAAAGGUGAGUGUUGAAUUUUUGGGAAUAGAAGCACCCGGAAAGAAGAAGAAUGACGAUAAAAUAAUAAUAAUAGCAUUCCCAAAUUUGAAAUCUCUCUCAUUUAGUUAUCUACGAGAGUGGGAAGAAUGGAAUGGGAUGGGAGGAGAAGAAGAAGAAGACAAUGUCAGAUUCACUAUAAUGCCACGUCUUCAACAUUUGCAAAUUCGUGAUUGCCCAAAGUUAAAAUCGUUACCGAACUUCCUUCGUACAACUCCAUUACAGAAAUUUAAUAUUCAUUAUAGUCCAAUUCUGGAGGAACGCUGCAAAAGAGGGACAGGAGAGGAGUGGCCCAAGAUUUCCCACAUCCCUAAUACCAUAAAUGUCAGCCCAGAGGAAUAUGAUGAAGAGAUGUUUAAGGCGAUCAAAGAAGGGUUGGUGAAGGUGGUGAUCAAAGAAGAUUCUAAUUAAGAUGAGGUUGAUGAAGAAAAGGAUGACAAAGCAUUCCAUGACAAAAAAGAGGAUGAUGAAGCAGAGCACCUAUGAUCUCUUUGUUUCUGGGUUCAUGAAUUUUAGCUACAGGUUCGGAUUUUUGGAUGAUGAUGGUGAAAGAUGAUUUGCGAUGCUUGAUUCACGAAUGAGAUGAGUCUGAUGAAGAUGAGGUUGAUGAAGAAGAGUCUGAUAAAGAUGAGGUUGAGGAAGAAGAGUCUGAUGAAGAUGAGGUUGAUGAAGAUGAUUUAUGUUUAUGUAACAUCUUCUUCAUUGAAAUUCAUUCUCAGCUUGAUUUAGCUUUGCAAUUCUGAUCCAUUCAUGGUCUAAAUAAUUUUGUUACAUGAAAGAGUGUGAAGUAUAGGAGGCCUGCAACCAACUAACAAAGCCAACUCAUCUGGAAGUAUGGUUCAUGAUGAAUCAAAUUUUCACACAUGGAUGCACAUUUGCCAUAGAAGCAAGUCCUUUAUCAUUUCAUAAUGGAAGCAAGGAAAUGCAUCAUGGAGCAUAUCAUGUGUAAUCCAUAUUAUAUGGUGGCAUAUGAAUGGUGAGCUAGUUUUGCUCAAUGGGAGUACACAUUGCUCAAGAGCGGCUUUUGUGGUUUAUAAGACAGAUUAUUUAUGAUAGAUGAGGAAGAUCAAUCUCAAAGAGAAAACCCAUCAGGAAGGUCAAGGAUCUAAGGAAUGAAAUGUGCAUGAGGUCUUCACAUUCACUCCCAAAGGAAAGUGAGGAAGAUAAAGCCUCUCAAAAUAUCAUUUAAGCCCUUAAUCCACGCCACUAGGAAAAAGUUCUGCACUUUACAGGAGACCUUGGAGGAUGGAGAAAAUAUGUUCAGCAAGCACUUGGGGAUGCAAGCAUGGAUUUUGAACUGCCAAAGAAAAUCAAAGACGAACUUCGUUAAGCUAGCAGCCAGCUAGUGUUUAAAGCUCUAAGCAUGGAGAAUGGUGGUCUGCUACAGUCAAUAUUGUCCAUUGUGGCCUCGUGUACUUUAUUUUGUCCUCGUCAUCAGGCUUACGUGGAAGUGCAUAUUCAGGUUGCUGUUUUCUAGUUCCAACAUGAAUGUUGCUGGUUAAAAGGUGUUGGCCUCUUCAUGGCUUCAAGGAACUCUCAUGGGACCUUGAGCAACAGAAUAACUUGAAACUAUCAUGGCCAACUCUUAAGAUAGAUAUCAACCUGCAAAUGAUGCUGCAUAUUCAACCCUUCGGAAUUUGAAUUCUUCCUUCCAGUUCAACUCAACUAUCUCCCCUUAUCUCUUUGGCCAGUCUUGCACAUUUUAUUCAUGUUAUGAUAACUCUCAUGCCUAGUGAUUAGAAAUUUAAUUAUAAAUUUCUGAAAAAAUCAUUAUCUAGUGAUGCCAUGUG